AUGAAACGGUGCAAUGUACCCUAUGUUGCCUGUUUGUGCCCUUGCAGUGCGGGUCCAAAAGGAGACAACAUCUAUGAGUGGAGAUCCACCAUCCUGGGACCACCAGGCUCUGUGUAUGAGGGAGGAGUCUUCUUCCUAGAUAUCGCCUUCACACCAGACUACCCCUUCAAACCACCCAAGGUAACGACUCCAAUCAAAACAGCUGACUCAAACAAUCAAUAGAACAUUCCUCGAGAUUACACAGCUUUGUAGGCUACCACUUUCUCACUAGAGAAGGGAACUUGUUAUUGCUAUGUUGACCGCUGGAGGAAGCGAUUGCGCUUGGAUUUUAUUAAAAUGCAGGGCCUCUAGUUAAUGGUCAAUUUAACCAAACCAACCAACCAAACCAGGCAAAAAAAGGCUUGAAUAGAAAUGUGGCUUCCAUGAUUAGACUGAACAUGGGUUUCCAUCCUCCAAGCAUUGUUGAGCAGAUUCUGUUUGUGUUUCUUUCAGGAUCUACCACUGUAACAUCAAUAACAGUAUUGAUCUAGAGAAACUUUGUUGUUUCCUAGGUGACAUUCCGUACCAGGAUCUACCACUGUAACAUCAAUAACAGUAUUGAUCUAGAGAAACGUUGUUGUUUCCUAGGUGACAUUCCGUACCAGGAUCUACCACUGUAACAUCAACAGUCAGGGUGUGAUCUGUCUGGACAUCCUGAAGGAUAACUGGAGCCCCGCCCUUACCAUCUCCAAGGUGCUGCUGUCCAUCUGCUCCCUGCUCACUGACUGCAACCCCGGUAAGACCUAAGACACCACAUACUACUGUAAUGCGGGUUUGAUUGAAUUAAUUAAUUACAGUGGCUGAUUUGAAGUACAUUGUGGAGUCGAAUUUCAAACAUUGUCAUAUGUGGAAUUCCGUGUGUGUGUGUGCGUGCGUGCUGGCAGGUCAAAGCUAUUGUUGAUGCCUUAUCUAUAACUCUGUGUAUUCUCCACCCCUCACAGCUGACCCUCUGGUUGGAAGCAUCGCCACCCAGUACACAACCAACAGACCAGAGCACGACAGGAUAGCCAAACAGUGGACCAAGAGAUACGCCACAUAGACACACAAGACUGGGUCGUAUUCAUUAG